ACCUAUUGUUGGUAUGCCGGGGGUUCAAUUUGUAGUGUUGCUGCUUCAAACAUGGCACUUUUUCUCAAAGUCUUCCACCACAGCGGAUGAAAAAUGAGCAGUGGUUCAAAUCAGAGGACUUUGUUCCAGACUUGGGGGGCAACAGCUCCUCAGAAAAACGUUGUUCAACCGAAGAAAGAUGGAAGAAAAGCCGCAGGACGGCGCAAAACAACCCAAAACAACAGUUCACAGGUAGCUCCUACACAUCCUCCUCGAAAUCCUCUAUGGACUCAAUUUGGACAGGAGCCGGCGUCAACGUCGGAGGACCCGAAACCAGCGUUUGAAGAUGAAGACGACGACGAUGACUUGAUGUUGGUUGCUGUUUAUGAAGCUGAAAAAAGCCUGGAACUUCAUAAUGCAAACUUUCAACAUGACAGCAAUGCAGGGACAGAGAGCACUGCCCUCUCUCCCAUGCCUUCAGGUGGACACACAUAUCCUGACUUUCCUGGCUUUGACAGCUCCUCUGCUAAAGUAUGGAUUUACCCCACCAACUAUCCCCUCAGGGAGUACCAGCUGAAGAUAUCAGAGGCUGCCCUGUUUGCAAACUCCCUAGUAUGUCUUCCCACCGGUCUGGGAAAGACUUUUAUAGCCUCUGUGGUUAUGUACAACUUCUACCGCUGGUAUCCAUCAGGGAAGAUUGUAUUCAUGGCUCCCACCAAACCUUUGGUGGCACAACAGAUCGAGGCCUGCUAUAAAGUAAUGGGGAUCCCCCAGGCGCACAUGGCUGAGCUGACAGGGAGCACAGCAGCAAAGCAGAGGCAGGAGGUGUGGAGAGCCAAGCGGGUCUUCUUCCUAACCCCGCAGGUCAUGGUGAACGAUCUGUCUAGAGAGAGCUGCCCAGCUCAGCAGAUCAAGUGUGUGGUUAUCGAUGAAGCCCACAAGGCGCUGGGCAACCAUGCCUACUGUCAGGUCAUCAGACAGCUUGCCAGCCAAACUCUGCAAUUUCGCAUUUUGGCUCUGAGUGCAACACCGGGGGGAGAUACGAAGUCGGUGCAGUCAGUGAUCUCGAACUUGCUCAUCUCCCACAUCGAGCUGCGUUCAGAAGAGAGUCCGGACAUCCGGGCCCAUUCGCACCAGCGUAACGUGGAGAAGGUGGUGGUUCCCCUGGGAGAGGCCCUCUCAGCUCAGCAGGCACGCUACCUUCAGGUUCUGGAGAAAUUCACGUCUCGUCUGGUCCAGAACCGGGUGAUGGCACAGAGAGACCUGCGGACUCUCUGCAAAUACCAGAUCAUCCUCGCCAGGGAUCAGUUCCGCAGUAACCCACCGCCACAAAUCAAGGGUCCGCAGCUCGAGGGUGAUUUUGCCCUUUGCAUCAGCCUGUACCACGGCUACGAGCUGCUGAUGCAGAUGGGUCUCCGAUCGCUUUUCUUUUACUUCCAGGGAAUCAUGGACGGAUCCAGAGAGAAGUCCAGGGCCAGAAAUGAGCUGCAGAAGACUCCCACCUUCAUGGACCUGUACCAUGAGAUGGAAACCAUGUUUGUGAAGCCAUCUGCUGGUCCGAAUGAGUUGCCGUUUAUUUACAGUCACCCCAAGCUGGAGAAACUGGAGGGGGUGGUGUUGCAGCACUUCAAACUGUGGGCUGAGAGCUCAGCUGACAGUAAUGGUUCAGGUCCUCAGGAAGUAAGCACGCGUGUAAUGAUCUUUUCAUCGUUCCGUGAGAGCGUACAGGAGAUCGCAGACAUGUUGAACCAACACGCUCCGCUGAUACGGGUCAUGACCUUUAUGGGCCAAGCCUCAGCGGGGAAGGGAGUCAAAGGCUUCACCCAAAAGGAGCAACUGGAGGUGGUGAACAGGUUUCGCACGGGAGGCUUCAACACCCUGGUGUCCACCUGCAUCGGGGAGGAGGGGCUUGAUAUCGGAGAGGUGGAUCUCAUCGUUUGCUUCGAUGCACAGAAGAGCCCCAUCCGCAUGGUGCAGCGGAUGGGCCGUACUGGUCGUAAGCGAAAGGGGCGCAUUGUUGUCAUCUUAGCUGAGGGACGUGAGGAGAGGACAUACAACCAGAGCCAGAGCAACAAGAACAGUGUGUACAAGUCCAUUAUUGGAAACAAAAAUGGCUUCCACAUGUACCCAAACAGUCCCCGCAUGCUGCCUGAUGGAGUGAACCCCACCCUGCAUAAGAUGCAUAUUACCUGCGGGCAGUUUGACCAUCAGGAGAGCGGCAGGCGGUCCAUCGGCCGUCGAAAGUCGCGCUCUGAAGGACGGGCCUCGCUCAUCCACCCUCAAAACCUGAUGCGGCAGGGCAGUGCAACUUCAGACGGGUUUCUCAGCAGUACUGAAUAUUCUCUGUGGGCGUCCACCAUGAGGCUGGAAGACGAUGAAGCUCAUCCAACCCUGAAACCGUCGCGCUUCAUGUCCCUACCCGGUGAUCCACCACCUCAGGAGGACGUUUUCAAAAGUGGACCCCCGUCCAGGGAGCUGUCUUUGUGGGAAUGGAGACACUGGCAGCACAAAGUUCUUCCCACCCACGCUGUUGACCAUUCUCUCCGCUGCCGCCACUUUACUGAGGUGAUGCAGCUCAUCGACGGCAUGAGAGAGGAAAACGAGGGGGAGUGUCGCUACGAACAGGAGCUUCUUCCUUACCUCGGAAAAGAAGAUGCCGGAGGCGUUGUUAAGAACAAACAGAAGAAGAAAAACCAGAAGGUCUGCGCUAAAGCAAACAAAAGGCAUCCCAAACCAUCGCACUCCACGUUCUCUGAUCUGGACAGCGUCGACGAGGAAGAACACAGUGACUUCACACACAGAAAAAGGGUCCCUUCAGGAUCUGUUGCGGGGAAACAAACACACUCUGUUCAACAUGACACACCAGGCGAUGACAUCACAGAUCGCCCAGGAAGUGAAGGGACUUCCCCUCUGCUCCCAAACAACCACAGUGCAGAAGCAAACAUGUUCCAGGAUUCUUUCAUUUCCAGCGAGCGAGUCGUAAAGUCGGACGAGCCUGUGAGUUUAGACAAACUGUCGCAGCUGAUUUCUAACACGGAAGAAGAUGUCGAGCUUCAGGCGAUGUUCUACCUUCCAAAGUGGGCGUCAUCGCCUCAUCCCCGCUCCGUUAGUCACACUCCGGGGCGAGAUGAGAGGCUGAAGGUCAUCCUGGCCAACGUGGCCGAUCUCCUAUCCCGAUCUCCGCCGUCUUUGGAGGAUGAUCUAGAAGAAGCAGAGACGCCUCCUCCAUCGCCUCCUCCAUCUCCUCCGUGGCCUCAGCAGCCAUUCAGGGUCAGCUUUACACUCGGCGCAGACGACGAGGACGAGGAAGAUGACGACUGCAAAGCGAUGGCAAGCGACUCUGAAGAUGAUGUGCUUCCUGUGAGUAAAAUAAUGGAUCAUGAUUGGCCUUGUCAGGAGCAGGAGCGGAACAGAGCAGCAGACAGUCCCAGCUGGGAUGAAGUUUUUGGUGGAGAAGAAGAAAACGGCGAUAAUGACGUCGGUAAAGAAAACAAAAAAGUGGAAGAUGAAAAUAUGAACGAUUUUCAGUUGGAUUUUGCCUUGGAAGCUGAAGAGGAGGAGGAGGAGGAGGAAGAAGAAGGUUGGGAUGAUGCGAGAAAGGACAAAAAAAUGCCACUUUUGACGGACGGCGGUGUAGCAGACGACAUGGACGAGAGCAUGGAUCUGUUCGGGGAUGACGAAGCGUUCCUGCAGAUGACCAUCCCGGACGUCUCCACUCCCGGCGCCACACCCGGGAAAUCCCCUCACGCCGCUGCCGCCACUCACAGCGCGCUAAAGACGUCUAACCUUUCACACAAGCAGACGCCGACAAACCCGUGCAGCACUCCAAACGCAGCUGACUUGGCACGCACACGGCUCAUAACUCAUACUCGGCAUGCCCGGCUUCUAACAGACACUCACAGCACUGCGGAGGCAAAAAAACGAAAUCCCGAGUCAUUGGACGGAUCCCAUGACUACUUCCCCGUCAACUUUGACCUCGGCUACUCCUUUGAGGAAUCCGAGGAAGAGGUGGAAGAGGAUGUUUCUGUGCAAAGAACGUCACCCACUUCUCCUCCGCUUAAAAAGAGGGCCUUGUCUAACUCCUCCACGCCGUACAAGUUUCAUAGACAGAUCAAACCUCCGCAGUCCAGUGCGUCCACGUUAUCUACACCGCAGACGCUGUCAGAGCAGGAGAAGAGGGGAACAUCCUCUCGUCUGGCGCUGCCUUUAAUGUCAAAAGGCGGUGAACUCCCGUCUCCCAUCACGUCCCCCGGAGCGAGGCGGGUGCUCAUUCCCAGCCUCGCCGGGUCUCGCAGCCCAUCUUCAUGCUCCAGGUUAAAGCGUAGACGACCCGAGGGUCCCACCGUCUCAUGUGUAGAAAUAAGCUCACGGCAAGAUUCUGUUUGUGCGGCUGAUUCUCCCCCUCAUCAUCUUCAUCAUCAUCAUCAUUCUGUCUCCUCCUCUUCUUUCUUAGUGGCGUGCAACAGUGACAGUGAGGAGGACAUUGUGGUUCAGAAAAGAAAACAUCAGAACAAAGCCAACCCGUUGUCGUCACCAGACGCGUCGAAGCUCUGCAGCGAUGUUGACUCCCCGCUCGUUGUGAACAGGAGACGUGCAGCUGCUCUGAACACAUCUGAUGACACGGAGAGCGGAGCUGUGUCUGAUGACGACUUCCAGAACGAGUCCGUGGUUUCAUUCAGAACAACGACAGCUGAAAGACAUCGAGUCCAACAGAGCAAAACAAAGCGUGCUGCGAGCCGAAAAGGGCGCCAGUUCCUGGACCGAGAAGCGGAGCUGUCGGAGGGGGAGGAGGGUGCAGACGUGUCAUCUGAUGAAGAGGACGGAGACGAACAGAACCGGUCUCUUGAUGGCUUCGUGGUGAACAACACACACUUUUCUCAGGGACUAAAUGACUCUGAGAUGUGCGGUGUUUACCUGAAGUCGGUGAGAAGCCCUGCUGUCCACGGCAAGUUCAAAAUGUCCUACAGAAAUCAACACAACAUGGACAUAUUUUCUCAGGUGCCUGAGAUCGAUGAGUCAUACGCAGAGGACAGCUUUGUGGUUGGAAAUGAGGUGGAGGAGGCGGAGAGCAGUGAAGACGGCGCGGAGGACAUUGAGCUCAUGCCCGAGGACUCGUAUGUGGACGGACGGAGGCAGUACGCUACCAGACGGCGUGUGUUCAUUCACAAAGCCAGAGCGGGAGUGAAAACUGCAGCCGAAUCCGUCCCGAGGCAGGGAGCUGCGGGGAACUCAAAGCGCUCCAGAGUCAUACGUGUUCAGGAUUCUAGUGAGGAGGAGGCAGAGGAAGUGGAUAACAAGAAAAGGGUUGUAACAGAAGGGGGUUUUGCUACGCCCUUGUGGCCAAAGACGGUACGACCAGAGCCAAGCAGACCUCAGGAGAAACAGCAGCAGAAACCCCCCAACACCUCCUCCACCUCGUCUUCAACCAUAGCUUCAAAGCUCUCAAUUUUGAGCAAGGCACAGAGAAGCUCCAUGACUACAGAGAAGCAAAACGAGAGGUGUCGCCAGAGGAUCGAAAAUCAGCAUCUGCUCUCUGAUGAACUGGACUUUGCAGAGCCGGAGUCGCUGUUGUCCUCCAAGAAACAACCAGAGGCCCUUCCUUCCACCUCUGUACCUCAGUCUUCCUCUGGCCCCGAUGCGCCCGUCAGUGCGUCUCCCGCUCCUCCCGGGCCCGUCAGCAUCCUGGCCGACAGUCGCUGCAUCAGCAACGGCGUGGAUCUGAUGUCCUGCCUGCGUCAGCGGCACGCAGCCACCGUCCACGUCUGCUCGCUCGACGGCUGCUACUUCAUCGUCAGCAACCGAAUGGCCGCGGAGAGGCACAGCCAAUCGGAUUUGGCCUCGAUGCCGAACAGGAAGCGGUUGGCCGAAAGGCUGAACGGCUUGCGGGGAUCGUUCGAGCGCGUUUGUCUGAUAGUGGAGAAGGACAGAACAAAGCCAGGUGAGACAUCGCGUCCCUUCCAGCGAACUCGUUUCUAUGACAGCACUUUGACAGCCCUGGUGAACACCGGGGUGCGUUUGCUGUGGAGCAGCAGCCCGGAGGAGAGCGCCGGCCUGCUGGCGGACUUGGCGCGGCUGGAGCAGCGCAAAGGUCAGGGCAUCGCUGUGCCUCUGGAGGUCAAAGGGCAGCACAGGCAGCAGGCCCUGCAGCUGUACUCCAGCCUCCCCUCGGUCAACUACGCCCACGCCCUCAACAUGAGCCACAACUUCAGCUCCAUCGCCCAACUCAUUAACAGCUCCGUCGACGACGUACAAAAGGGCGGCUGUAUGAGCAGAACCAGAGCUGAGGAGGUCUAUCGCUUCCUGCGGUACUCCUGCGACUCCUUCCUCGUGCACACGUCCAAAUCUGGAAGAAGCAGCAGCUAGCAGGGUGGAGGAGACAGUGUAAGGAUUUCCUUUCCCUUCAUCAUGACACGGCUAACCACCGUCACUGCACUGAGAGCCUCAGGACAAUGGUUCCAACCUUCUUGCACAAUAAAAGGAGCACAAAUAAACUCCAUUUAUGUUAUAUAUUGAACCACAGACGCAAACUAUGUGUUUGAUUCAGUAUUUCUUCAAAUCAUUUGGGUGAGAGGUGUUUCCUUUUGGACAUAAAUCGUGUCUGUGAUAAGAAUCCGAUCUAUGUGAUUGAUGCUUGAAUAACUUAUUGCUGUUGUCAAAAUAAUGAAUACAUUUGUUAUCAAAUCUACCCUCAAAGACUUUAAUAUGAUGACGGAUGUCCUUAAUAAAUGAUAUUUUUGUA